AUGGCAGCCUCGAAGGAAAAGAGCAUUUUCCCUUCCCAUCCCUACCAUAUCCCUGGCUACAAGGGCUUCAUCCCUCAGUACAGCUUCCAGUAUGGAGAGACCUUCGGCAGGACCACGCACCGGCUGCUGACCGACCCCACCAUUGCUCGCAGCCCCCGCACUCUGCUGGCACCUCUGCAGAAGCUCGGGUUCAGUGAGGAGAAGCAUGGAGCCCAGGGCCACCUCCCCGGGCACCCAGGGUGCUUUCCCUAUGAGACAGCUGGGGCUACAGCGACCUUCCCUGACCCACUGAAGCCGGAGCUGACAGAGGAAGAACUGACCAUGAUGCACAUGGACCCUAAGCCCUGGCACCACCCCGGUGCAUACAUCCCAAGGACACAAGUGGUUCGGGAAUACCCCCCCAGUGUUCCACACUAUCCCGUGUUCGAAGGGCAAGAGUGGCUGACAAGAAGGUGCGGAUCUGGUCAGCUCGGCGGUGCCUGGGCAGGAAUCGCACCAGGGCAGGUGACAUUGCCCCCGCUGACCCAGGAGCCCGUGAGCACCAACGGGGCCGAGGAGGAGGAGGUUUGGUUGCCAGAAACAGAUCUACCAAACGUGAUCCUGCAGAAAGUCAUCACAGGGUACGCUGGAUUCAUCCCCCGCCUCACCUGGUGUCAUGGUGUGAACUACAUCCGGAGCGUGAAGGAAGCAAUGAAGGAAUUUGACCAACACCAGUUUAAGCUCAGAAACCCAUGUUACAGCUUUGGCAAGAGAUAUCCCCAGAAUUACUGGCCUACCAAUAGAAUUUACACCAGUGCUGGACUGAUACCUUUCUACAUGGGCUUUGUACCAGAGCUCCGGGACACCUACGCACUGACUUACGGAAACAGCACCCGAAAAGCUUACCAAAAGGAACAAGAGAGACAAGCUCGUGCACUGUGAAAAAUGCUUUAAUGGUGCCUGUACAGCAGUUGAAGUGACUUUUGAGACAUAAAGAGGAACACAACACAGA